GGGGGAAUUCCCAGUCAGAGUCAGUAAGAAGUAUUCCUCUUCCUGUCCACUGUCUCAUUCAGUUCAGGGUUGGACAACAGUCACAAACCUGUGACAAAUCUGAGUGUGUGCGUGCAUCAUGGACGUCAUUUUACCCUCCAUGAUUGGAGACAAUCCACACUUAAUGACUGAGCCGGAGGUCCAGAUCUUCGAGCAGCCAAAGCAGAGGGGAAUGCGCUUCAGGUACAAAUGCGAAGGUCGUUCGGCCGGCAGCAUCCCGGGCGAAAAGAGCUCUGACAACAACAGGACCUAUCCCAGUCUGCAGAUCCUAAAUUACUGCGGUAAGGGCAAAGUACGAGUGCAUUUGGUGACAAAGAAUGAGCCUUACAAGCCUCAUCCACACGACCUGGUGGGCAAAGACUGCAAAGACGGAUUCUAUGAGGCCGAGUUUGGUCCAGACCGCAGGGUGAUCGCUUUCCAGAAUCUGGGUAUCCAAUGUGUGCGGAGGAGGGAAGUGAAAGAUGCCAUCAUCCAGAGGAUGACCAGAGGGAUUAACCCUUUCAACGUGCCACGGGACCAGCUGCUGCAGACAGAGGAGUACGACUUGAAUGUGGUCCGUCUGUGCAUCCAGGUUUUCCUGCAGGAUGACCACGGCCAAUACACCCGAGCGCUCAGUCCCAUUGUCACCAAUCCCAUCUACGACAACAGAGCGCCUAACACAGCAGAGUUAAGGAUCUGUCGAGUCAACACAAACAGUGGUUGUGUGAAAGGCGGUGAUGAGAUCUUCCUGUUGUGUGACAAAGUACAGAAAGAUGAUAUUGAAGUUCGAUUCUUCUCCUCUGAUGGCUGGGAGGCCAAAGGCUCCUUCUCACAAGCAGAUGUUCAUCGCCAAGUGGCCAUCGUCUUCAAAACUCCACCCUACUACAACACUGCCAUAACAGAAUCUGUCACUGUGCACAUGCAGCUGCGCCGGCCUUCUGAUCAGGAAGUCAGCGAGUCGAUGGACUUCCGAUAUUUGCCUGACAACAAAGAUCCUUACGGCUGCAAUGAGAAAAAGCGUAGACGGGAACACUUGAUGAAGAUGUCAGGAUUAUCAAAUGGUUCCUUUCCUGGUCUGGCUAUGAACAGGCCAAAGGCAGUGCCACACAAUCCCAUGAUGGCUCAACUCCUGCGAAAAGACCAGAACAACAUGUAUGUGAGGCAGCAGCCCACACCUACGAUGCAGCAACAACCCACCAUGUUCAACCGGCCGUACCAACCAAACCCACAGCAUGUCAUGAUGACGCAACAAGCUCCCCAUGUGCCAAUCAGCCAGUCAUGGGCAAAUCCCAAUCCAACAAUCUCAAUGGAUACAGUCACCAUAAACCCAUCUGGUCCCAGGAGCAGCUUAAGUGGCAACAGGCAAGAGUCAUCAAACCGUCACCACAGUUAUUCCCACAGAGUGGCCCCCAGUGGCUGUGAGGGGAACACUCUACCUCAGCUCUCAUCGAGGGACUUGCAGUGCUUGGAUAUAGUCCCACAAGGUCCCGCAAUGAACCAACCAGAGUCACAGCCACUCUUUCAGCUGCAACAACAAAAAGAAGAACUCACAUCUGAGAUGCAGGUCCAGAAUCAUCAGGGGAGCCAGAGCCAAGGUCUCCAGACUGUGUGGCCCAAUUUCAAUUCCAUCACACCAAGCCAGCCCACCUUUAAUGGCUCUGCAACCGGUGGCGGAGGGGGAUUCCUGGGUCUGAGCUCUUUUUCACAGCUAGACGUCAUGGAUGGGGAUGAUUUUCUGAAGGAUCUAGUUGGAGGAAGCUCUCAAACUGGAUUCCAGCUCAAGCAGGAACCCCAGAUCUCAGUGGGACAGGAUAUCCCAACUCCGAUGAUGCAGUCUCCAAAGGAAAGCCAAGGAAGCACUUAUACCAACUUGCUCCCCCGUCCUCACAGCAAUGGUACCAGUAUGGAUGUGAUGGGACAAGAACGUAAUAGCAGCAACACCUUGCCCCUGAAGAAUCUGCAGAAUCCCUUUUCUGGCCACAAUGCGUCCUCUGAUUGCCACUUUGCAACUUUGGCUGACUGGAUCAAAGUAAAUCGGCAUGGUGACUACAAGGAGUGAUCGUUUUAAUUGUGGAAGAAGAGUGGAAAAAUCUCCAAGGAACGAUUAGAAUUUGUUUGGCUUUAAAAGCCAAAAAUUUCACUUUGCUCCUUGUGAUCUGAUAAGGCUCAGGUCGUGUUUGCUUCGGGCACUGUGUCAGUGGGAUGAGGCCAUAAAUAUUAGCAUGAAUGGAUCAAUGACAGGAUAAAAAUGAUUGCUGACAACUGCUUUCCUCUUCAGCAGAGAGCUGAAAACAAACAUGUGACAUAUGAAGGGAUGAAUAUUGUGUACUGUGACUGGUGCGAGUUAUUUUAAAAUGAAGAUUUUUCUAAGAAAUCAUUUAAAAAUCUGUUUCUAGAAAAGUUUGAAACAAAAAUGGAGGCAAUACAGUUGCAGAACUACUUUGUUUUAUAUCACCAAACUGUGGUUGGUGCACUUUUGAAUAUGGACAAAGUACCCACUUCAAAACAACAGAUGCUUAUAUUCAAGAGUUUCAAGUGGCACCAAUUUGAAUUAUCAUAUUGAAUUCUUCUCAUAAUUCAGCAGUUAGUUUGGUUUGUGCUGCCAGUGUAAGAUUAUGGAAUUAUCUAAAAUACUGAAUUAUAAUGACUAAAUGCAGAGAAGUCAGACUGGUCCAAGGCAAAUGCUUAAACCUGCCAGUUUAUUAGGUACACAUGGCUAGUACUGGGUUCAACCUCUUUUUGACUUCAAAACUGCCUCAGUUGCCUUCAUUCUUUGUAGCAUAAAUUUUACAAGGUGCUCAGAAAAUUUCUGAGAUUUUAGUCCAUAUUGAUAUGAUAGCAUCAUCUAGCUGCCACAUCAUUGCAUCAUCACCACCCUAUAUUGUUAUUGUUGUUACCAGACAGGUUGAAUUCACACUUUUAUGGUUCCACAAAAAUCUGACCCUACCAUCUGAAAGUCGCAGCAGAAAUUGAGACUUAUGAUACCAAGCAAUGUUUUUCAAACUUCCAUUGUCCAAUGAGCCACGCCCACUGUAGCCUCAGUUUUGAUUUUAGCUGACAGAAGUGGUACCCAGUGUGGUCCCCUGUAGGUCAUCAGUUGAAGGUUGGCAUGUUGUGUUUCCACAUAUGGUCUUCUGUAUACUUUGGUUGUAAUUAGUGGUACUGUUAAUAAUUGGUUACUGUUGCCUUUCUAUCAGCUCAAACCGCUCUCGCCAUUAUUCUCUGACCUCUGCCAUCAACAAGGCAUUGUUGUGCAGAGACCAGCCGUACUCUGGAUGUUUUUUCUUUUUGAACCAUUCUCUGUAAACUCCAGAGAUGAUUUCUGCGGAAAGAGUAGAUCAGCAGUUUGUGAAAUACUCAAACCAGUCCAUCUGGCACAAACAACCACACGAUGUACAAAGUCCUUUAAACCACCUUUCUUCUCCAUUCUUAUGCUUGGUAUGAAGUUCAGCUGAUCGUCUUGACUACAUCUGCACCUCUAAAUGCAUUAGGUUUCUGUCAUACGAUUGGCUGAUUAGAUAUUUGCUUUAUUGGAUAGCUGAAUGGGAAUACCUCAUGAUGUGGCUGGUGAGUGUACAUGUAUGUUGACAAACUGUUUUUGAGGCAGUCAUUGGAUGUCAGCAGACAUGCUGAGGUUUUCCAAGCCAAAGUUGGAUUGCUUAAGCACUGAAUGUACAAAUGUAUUGUUUUGUCUUAUUCAGAUGAUGUGGGAUGGAUGAUUAACAUAGAUAUCAACAGUUUUUGGGUAGUUGACCUUGACAAGUGGGUAAGUUUGAAAGUACUUUCUUUCAUGUUGAAUGUCAUAAUACUAUCAACAUUUGAAGAAGUUGCUUAUUUUAAAGAUUUGACUUUUCUUGCUUUGUAAAUAAUUUACAGCCGUGAGAUGUCAGUUCGCUAUUAAUGUGUCAUUAGCUGUUUUUAUAUCACAGUGCUUGCUGUUAACUGCACUCAGUACAUAUACAUAUGUGUUCGCCAUACUUGAGCAUGAUAGCAAUAAUCAUGUUUAAAACACUCAAGAAAUGGCAAGGUAGUAAAAUUUCCAUUGAGGAAGUAGGAGGAAGCAAAUUGAGUGGUGCCUUUCCUUUGUAAUGACUAUGUCAUAACGGUGAUCGCAUGUGUUAGCCAGAGUUCUCAGACCUAUUCUGACGCAUAGAGGUCACUUUUGUUUUUGUUUGGUUCAUGUAUCUGAUGCUGUGACACCGAGACAGAUUGAGGCGGAGUUUUACUUGGGGACAUCCUGGUACGACACGUGUCUGAUGAUGGGUUUUCUAACACUGGCUCUAUUGCAGGUUUCAACCUUUGGCCUG